GGCAAGCGAGUUGCCAUCGCCAAUCGGUAUUGUAGCCGUAGUCGUGGGUUGGUUAGAGCACGCAGUCGUCAGUGGCGUCUAGCUGCUGCAUGCAAGCGUGAGCGAUAACUUACACUGCAGAUAAAUAAAUAAUCGAGUUUGUUUCGAAUAAACUAAAAUGUCAACUUCGUUUUUAAUAUAGUGGUGACAGAUAAAAUUUUCCACAAUGAGGACCCGCAUCCUCCGUUGUCGGCCAUUUUCCACCCGCAUCCUGCUGCUCAUCCUCUUCGUGCUGGCUUUUGGGGUCUACUGCUACUUCUACAAUGCAUCACCCCCCAACUUCACCAAGCCAAGACUUACCAUACCAGGACCCAGUGGUUUAGACUUGCGUCUGAAAUCACCGCAUACUCACUACCCAGGACAAGACGAGGUGGCCCCGGAUCAAUGCCCAGUACUGAAGGAAAGCGUUGCAGACAUCGACACCGUGUCUAUUUACCCGACUUUUGAGUUUCAGCCGAGCUGGUUGCGUACUAAGGAGUUUUGGGACAAGUCUUUUGAGGAUCGCUACGAGAGGAUUCAUAAUGAUUCUAACCGACCUAGGCUGAAGGUGAUCGUGGUACCCCACUCCCAUAACGAUCCUGGCUGGCUGAAGACCUUCGAGCAAUACUUCGAAUGGAAGACCAAGAACAUCAUAAACAACAUCGUGAACAAACUGGAACAGUACCCCAACAUGACCUUCAUUUGGACCGAGAUUUCCUUCCUCAACGCCUGGUGGGAAAGAUCGCACCCUGUCAAGCAAAAGGCAUUAAAGAAAUUGAUCAAGGAAGGUCGGCUUGAGAUCACCACGGGCGGCUGGGUGAUGCCUGACGAAGCGUGCACACAUAUCUAUGCUUUAAUCGACCAGUUCAUUGAAGGCCAUCACUGGGUGAAAACGAACCUCGGCGUCAUCCCUAAGACAGGUUGGUCAAUCGAUCCCUUCGGCCACGGCCCGACUGUUCCGUAUCUGCUAGAUAAAAGCGGCCUCGAAGGAACCAUUAUUCAGCGAAUCCAUUAUGCGUGGAAACAAUGGCUCGCCGAGCGACAGAUCGAGGAGUUCUACUGGCUGGCAGGCUGGGCGACUACUAAGCCUUCUAUGAUCGUACACAAUCAACCGUUCGACAUCUACUCGAUCAAAAGCACUUGCGGCCCGCAUCCCUCGAUCUGCCUCAGCUUCGACUUCCGCAAGAUCCCCGGCGAGUACUCCGAGUACACUGCUAAGCAUGAGGAUAUUACCGAGCACAACCUGCACAGCAAGUCCAAGACCCUGGUAGAGGAGUACGACCGCAUCGGAUCCCUGACCCCACACGUGGUGCUGGUACCUCUCGGAGACGACUUCCGAUACGAAUACAAAGUGGAGUUCGAUGCCCAAUACAUCAACUACAUGAAGAUGUUCAACUACAUCAACGCUCAUAAGGAAACCUUCAACGCUGAGGUGCAGUUCGGAACACUGGAUUACUUCAACGCCAUGAAGGAGAGGCACCACAAUAUCCCCAGUCUGAAGGGCGACUUCUUUGUCUAUUCCGACAUCUUCAGCGAGGGCAAACCGGCUUACUGGUCUGGAUACUACACCACGCGACCUUACCUCAAGAUCCUUGCUCGCCAAUUCGAACAUCAACUGCGAACUGCUGAGAUCUUAUUCACUCUCGUGUCCAACUACAUCAAGCAAGUAGGCAUCCAGGGUUUUGGAGCUUCCGAGAAGAAGCUGGAGAAGUCGUAUGAGCAACUGAUUUACGCGCGCCGCAAUCUGGGUCUGUUCCAACACCACGACGCUAUCACUGGCACAUCGAAGGCUAGCGUGAUGCAAGACUACGGAACCAAGCUGUUCACGAGCCUGUACCACUGCAUCCGUCUGCAGGAGGCCGCGCUUACCACCAUAAUGAUCCCCGACCGCUCCCUGCACUCCCAGAGCAUCCUGCAAAGCGAAGUUGAAUGGGAGACUUACGGCAAACCGGCUAAGAAACUGCAAGUGUCGUUUAUUGACAAGAAGAAGAUCGUACUGUUCAACCCUCUGGCCGAAACCCGCACUGAAGUGAUCACUGUUCGCUCGAACACGUCUAACAUCCGAGUGUACGACACGCACAAGAAGCGUCACGUGAUGUACCAGAUUACUCCCAGCAUCGACGUGCAUGACAACGGCAAGCGCGUGGUCAGCGACACCAACUUCGACGUGAUGUUCGUGGCCACCAUCCAGCCCGCCUCCGUCACAUACAGCCUGCAGGAACACACCAACACCUCCCACCACUGCGUCAUCUUCUGCAACAACUGCGAAGACUCACAGAAGUCCAACGUGUUCUCCAUUAAGAAAAUGAUGCCGGGAGACAUACAGCUCGAAAAUGCGGUACUGAAACUCCUCGUCAAUAGGAACACAGGGUUCUUGAGACAGGUCUACAGGAAGGAUAUCAGGAAGAGGACUGUCGUGGAUGUGCAGUUUGGAGCGUACCAGAGCGCGAGACAUUCGGGAGCUUAUUUAUUCAUGCCAGAUUAUGAUUCUCCCGAAAGUGUACUGCAUCCUUAUACCAAUGGCAACAACAACAUGCAAGAUGAUAAUUUGAUCAUAGUUUCCGGCCCGAUCUCUACUGAAAUUACAACUAUGUAUUUGCCCUUCUUGGUUCAUACCGUGCGAAUUUAUAACAUCCACGACCCGGUGCUCUCGCGCGCUAUCCUUAUUGAGAACGAAGUCGAUUUUGAGAGCCCUCAAAAUAGAGAAACUGAGCUGUUCAUGAGAAUUCAGACUGAUAUACAAAACGGGGAUAUUCCUGAAUUUUACACCGACCAAAACGGAUUCCAAUCAAAGAGGGUGAAAGUGAACAAAUUGGGCAUCGAAGCGAAUUACUAUCCGAUUACGACUAUGGCGUGGCUGCAGGAUGAAGAGACCAGAUUAACUUUGCUAACGAACCACGCUCAGGGCGCUUCGGCCUACGAACCCGGACGCUUAGAGGUGAUGCUCGACCGUCGCACGCUUUAUGAUGAUUUCAGAGGCAUUGGCGAAGGAGUUGUCGACAAUAAACCAACUACUUUUGAAAAUUGGAUUUUGAUCGAAUCAAUGCCCGGAGUCACGCGAACUAAGAGGGAUACUAGCGAGCAAGGAUUUAAAUUUGUUAACGAGCGUCGUUUUGGUCCCGAUCAAAAGGAAAGCCCUUACCAAGUGCCGUCCCAGAUGGCAGACUAUCUGAGCAGGAGCUUCAACUACCCGGUGAACGUAUAUCUGUUGGACACAAGCGAAGUCGGCGAAAUCGAGGUGAAGGCUUACCAGUCGUUCCUGUCGAACUGGCCCGCCGGCAUACUGCUGACCCUGCGCACCAUUACUGACGAUGUGCUCGAACUGUUCCCCAGCUCUGAAAGCUACAUGGUACUGCACCGAUCCGGAUACACCUGCGCUGUCGGACAGAAGCCGACCAAGAAGACACCCAAAUUCUCGUCCAAAACCAGAUUCAACGGCGUCACCAUCCAGAACAUAACGGCAGUGAGCCUGACCGGCCUCAACCUACCGCCCCUGACCGGGCUCAGCGACAUACACCUCGAGGCUAUGGACGUCAAGACAUACAAGAUCAGGUUUUAAAGACUGUUUUAUUAGUAGGUAUAGGUGUACACUAUUCGAAUUUUAUAAUAAUUUACAAUCAUUAUUGUGAACUUGCCAGCUAUUACUGCUUCGGCAAAUCUCUUAAGAUAUUGUAGUGGAAAAACUAGGAAGAUGAAAUUUUAAUGGUACUCUAUUAGGUAAUAGUUGCAUUUUAUCUGACCGUCUAGUAAUAAACUCGUUGUAGAAUAUUUUUCGGUUUACGUUAUGCACUCACUAAGUCAAUGGUAAUUUGCCCUGUUUGAUCUUCAUAUUAUAUUAUAAAAUAAUUUAUUGUCCACCCGAUGGCUAUUUAAGUUUAACGGAAAUUUCGACUACGAGAUAAAUCUACCUCAGGACCAAAUGUUAUAACCUGUUCAUCUAUUGAUUCUAUUACAAAUGAUUCAUUAUUAUACUAGUACAAUUAAUUAUAGUCUAUUUGAAUCUCCUAUUACACUUUUACUCUAUCUUUGAUUUAUUCUUCGCUCGAUUACGUUACUUGAUAUUGUAAAGUUAGUUAGCUGUGUUCGGUUGUGGACGGAUGUUUGUUCAUAAUAACUUCUUACAUUCAUAAUAGGUUGCUGUGAUACCGUUCAUGACAAAGCGAAAUGUAUUUGUUUAACAUUUUAGUUACCGAACAUUUGGGAUUAAUUCUUUUGUAAAAAUAAUUUUGUUAUUUAAAUCAUACGACUAAUACGAAGACGAGCGCGCUUGCUCAACGCAAUGUUUGUUUAAUAUCAAAAUUGUCAUUAUUUUCAUUUCGUAACACAUCACCACAAAGGCUUUUAGGUUGUGUUUCUUAUUUUUUGAAAUGAUUUAAGUAUUUUUAAGUUUGAAAGUGAUAUUUGAGUUACAUUUAAUAUAGUAAGUUAUAAUUUAAUCCGUAUGCUAGGCAUGAGUUUAAGUAAAGGGAGGGUGUUCGUCUACAUAUUUCUAUUUACUUCACCCUUGCCUUAGUUAUAUGCCUUAUUGAUAAAAAAUAUGCAGUUCUAAAAGAACAAAUAAGUAAACAUAAUAGGAACUUAAUAAACUUUGGAUACAUUUUAAGAUCUGUAUAGGAUUUAUUUAAUAAGGCUUAUCUCGUUUAUUGCAUUUGAUGGACCAAACAUUAUGUUUCUUUAGUUGUAACGUCUUAGCUUGUUCGCGACUAGUUAAUUGAAUCUCGCCUUUCCACUGUUCAUAUGUUUGUAUAUAAUUGACGUCAAACUCUUUAUUUUAAGAUUAUACUAUUUUUUAUUUAUAUUUUGACAAAGCCACCAUUAAUUAAGACUUAAUUGUUAAUAUUUUUAUUAUUUAUGGCUUGUUGUAACUUUUAAUUAAUUCCUCCAUGUUACAAAAGGUGGUUUAGCUAGUCUUAGAUUCAUAAGUAUUUAUUUGAUUCGUGGCAUGAAAAAUAAACUUUGAAGAAGACUAUGUUGAACCUCUUUUUGCAAUAAUCGGAUGUGUUUUAGAGUCCCGUAUCCCUAAUUUUAUUUUUUGUAUACUAUAAUAUGACAUAAUGUAACACGUAUACAACCGAUAUCAAUUUUUAAAUAAAUAAUAUUAAUGUGAUAAGGAAUAAUUUGAAAUCAUUACCAUCGAUACUGUUUAGUCAAUGAAAUUUAGAUCUUAAUAAGUAAAAAUGUUAAUCAAUACUAAUAAUAAUUAAAUGUAAGCAAACAUUAUUUAAUUCAUGGAUUCGGUGUCUGAUCAGUAGGACCGUAAUGUUUCGUUGUAUAAUUUGGUUGUACUUGAAGUAAUUUAAUCAUAGAAAUAAUCUACUAAAAUUGUGUGUACAAUUUUUGUCUGGAAACUUGUAGUUGAUGAAAUAAAACAAUAAAGUAUACAAGAA